CAAAGAUGUGUCAAAGCUAUGUCGUUUAAUUUUGUGCUCAUAGCCAAUUUUCAGAUUAGUAAUAAACAAUGUCUUUGCUAUCGAUUUACUACUUGCUUUCUUUAAAGAGAUAGUUGCAAUAAACAGACGUACACAUUGCACUAAAGUUGCGCAUAAGACGGCGCAUCAGGAUUAACUUGCUGCAAGUUUUGGGGUGAUCAAAACAAGUCAGGGUAGGCCAACUAACCUAUCAAUAUCUCUUACAAGCAUUGAAUUUGUAUUCAUAAACUGUACUGAAGUCGAAUUCUAGAUAAUUUGCACAAUAAAAUUACUCUACAGAUUUAAAUCACAAAUAAUUUCUGCCUAGGGAGGAUUUUUCCUGAGAUGAAUUUAGAAGCCAACCAGCACAAUGCAUUUGCAAUGUCAGUAAAGCAGCUUCGAUAAACAACAAAAAAAAAGGGGUGAGACAUGGAAACAAGCAGAAAACACUGGCACACUUGACUUUAAAUUAAAUUAGUUUUUUUUUUUUUAUAUCUGUCUGAUAAGCUUGAAGGAGUUGGCUCACUUGAUAUUAAAAAAGAGUUAUCUGAAGAGUGCUUGAAAAUCCCUUCAACCACCAUGGAUUCUCUCCCUAAUAAUGUCAUUGAACCACUCGUUAUUAAAGUAGAGUUUGCAGAUCAAGACUGGUCCACAGUCCCUUCAACUCCUAAAAUUGUUUUGUGCAAACAGAAAAAUAUUUCAGGCUUCUUGAUAAAGGAAAGCGACCAAUUGAUAUCAAAAGCAUCUUUAAUAUCAGUACAAAGUAUUGCAGUAAAUGAGGGAACAAAACGUAUUGAGACUGAGAACAGCUCCAGAGUAGAAACGGGAACUGUUUCUGAAUCAUCAAGGGCAGUGAACUCUAUAAGGGAAACCAAUGAAGUCACAUCACAAAAAGUGAUAGUAGCACAGAGUCCAGUCCCUUCUGCCUUCAAAACUCCCCUCUGCAAACAGAAAAAUGCCUCUGGGAUUUCAAUGGCUGCUAGUUCAUUGAGGAAUUCUAAGCAAUUGAUACCACAUGCACCUGCAAAGAAAAAUGUUCUAACUCCCAAACAAUCUUUUAGGAAAAAAACUCUUUUAGCCACCUGCAAACCCAAGUUAAAAGGCUCUUCAAAAAAAAAGAAAGCCAAGCUAAUGGCUCAUGGGCUUCCUGAACAGAUAGCCAGUGACCUAUGUGUAUUGACCUUGCCUGAACUUCUUGAGAGGAUACCUUCAUUGAAAGCGGAGUACCCCAAUAUACACAAACGGGGAUUGCAGACACCCUCAGUAUGUGCUCAGAAGACGCAAAUCAGCGCAGAUAAACCUAGCCCCAUCGAUACUGCAUUUUUGCGCGUAGGAAUUCAGAACAUUGAACCCAUGAAUAAAGAACAAAUGACAAAGGUCCACCGCCAUCUGAUUUUAGCUAUCGCUGAGCAGUGGAAAGACGGCGGUGGGCCAGAAUUUUUGGAAUUUAAGCACAUGGAUGGCUGGGUCAUGGUAACUUGCGUAGAUCAGCGUAGUAAGACUUGGCUCUUAGACGAAUUAAAGUAUCUAGAGCCCUGGCCGGAAUCGCAACUCUCGAUUAUGCCAGAGCGAAAAUUGCCGAAAGUAAAUAUUACAAAAAUUAUUGCGUUCAUCCCCGAGUCAGAGGCAACUUCUGUCCAAGAAGCUCUAGAACUUCUCAAAGCGCAGAAUAAGGGUCUCAACACUGAGCAAUGGACGCUACUUGAUGAGAAGCUAGAAAGUGGGAAGAGUUGGACUGUAAAAUUCAUCAUUGAUGACGCAUCGCUUAAGGCACUGGAAGCCCAAGAGUGUCGGGCUGCUAUAGGCUUCACGACAAUGAAUUUUGAAAUCAUUCCAGUAGCUGACAUCCAUAUUAAAUCGGAGAAAUCUCAAACCAGUCAGGAAUCACCCUCUUCCUCAAAAACUACGGCAUAUGUAGCAAAAUCAGUUUCAUCAGUACCCCUUCACCAGGACAAUAAGCCAACAAGUACCCCAAUACUUCGCGCUAAUUGCGAUUCCCGACUUAGCCAGAAUAGCAACCAAGGACCUAUUAUGGGCAAGCCCCCAACAAUAGGUUAUAUAAAACAUAUGCUUCAAGAUGCCAAAGACAGAAUUGAAGAAAUGAAACAAAAGAGACUUUCUGACAGAAGAUUUAGAUGGGGCAGAUGGGAUGAGCCGCCAAGCGUACUCGCACGACAGAGGAUUUUAGAAGCUAAGAACAUGAACACAGCUCGACCGAUCACCGAUGACUUACGCCGCAGGGUGGAGACUCCUACGUCAGCUACAGCUCAAGUCUUUAGUGCCCCUACUGCGGUUUCCUUGGACAGAAAUUCAUCAGGGGGCAUCACAGUAAUACAACAAAACUUUCCUGCUUUACCAGCUCCAGCUAAUCUCGGUGGAUUUUCUGCUCAUACAACUGCAAGAAAUCCAAAUAUGGUGCCUCAUAGCAUGGAAAUUCCAGGCUUUGGUGUUCCCAAUGCGACUACCCUGGGUCGAAUUCGGACAGGAGGUGUCACAGUCACACUACCACAGCAAAAUGGCUUUACUGCAGGAAGCGAAAUAGGAACUAAUGUCGGCGCAUUUUCUGCCCAGGCAACUGGAAGAAAUCCAAAUAUGGUGCCUCAUAGUUUGGAAAUUCCAGGCUUUGGUGUGCCCAAUGCGACUACCCUGAGUGCUAUUCGGACAGGAGGUGUUACAAUACCACAGCAAAACGGCUUUACUCCAGGAAGCGAAAUAGGGACUAAUCUUAACGCAUUUUCUGCCCAGGUAACUGGAAGAAAUCUAACUAUGAUGCCUCCUAAUACGGUAAUGCCAGGUUUUGGUGGCCCCAAUGACCCCAAUGCAGCUACCAUGGGACGAAGCGGGAUAGGAGGUAUCGCAGUUACACAACAAAAUGUCUUUUCCGCUCCAGCUAGCCAAACGCAAGAAAUGGACUACUUUCUUGGCCCUGGUGGAGGCUCUCAAUUUGUUCAGAAUCAAAUGAUGAGUCAAAACUCUGUUAACUAUGGUGGCGUGACAUUAGGCCAAAACAUGAGUGUAGGAGUAGGCAAUGCAGCUUAUCAACAGAACAUAGCCCUUGCAUCGAUGUACCCACACUCAACUUACUCAAAUCCACCGUACUAUAUGAAUUGUUACCAAGAUUCCCAAGCUGCGAUGUCUUUGCUUAACCAGAAUCAUGGUCAGCAAGGCCCAGUCGUUCAAUUAUCGAGGAACAACAAUGGAUCCGAAAGGAGCAGGGACUCCAGCCCAAAUAAAGAACUUUCUCAAGAGGGAUAUAGAUCCUGGAUCAUAGAGGAAACCAAAAGAUUUGCAUCAAAUUUGGAAGAUCACAGCUCUUUGGCAUGUAAAGGAGCACUGUCACCAACGCCAUCACCACCACCACCACCAACACCAUCACCACCCCCACCACCAAUUAUAGGCAAUUAUUGUGACCAAGAUCCUGAUCGUGGGUCCCUAUUUAAUCAGGAUAGUAGUGGAACACACCAAGACAGGCAUUCAAGGUCAUACAUGGAACGGCUAUCACCUCAAGCGAGGGAAAGAGACUCUCCGAGGCAUAGAAGGCGUUCGUAUGAUCGAGAUAGUCCUUCAAGAUUCGAUAGCCGACAGUCGCCUCAAUCUGAGAGCGAUAGACACUGGGAUACCGAGGAUUAUGGAAGUUAUAAAAGGAGCCAGAGCAUUAAAGAAGAAAAAGAGGAACACUUCAGACCCUCACAUGAGUUUAGGUCGCCGGAGAUACAAAGUAGUUGUAGACCCAAAAAUACCGAGGAAUCGGAAAACUAUGAAAGUAACUGGCGUAGUUCGGAAAAGAGAAGCGAUCGGGACGUACCUUCAAGACCAAAUAUUGGAUCGCCGCAACCAAGGAGAGAUUAUGGAGACUGGGUUACCGAGAAUGCUGAAAGUAAUGAAAGGAGCAGGAGCAGUAUAGUGGAAAGGAGUGAUCGGGGCACAGCCUUAAGACCAGAUAGAAUAUCACCACAACCAAGGAUACGUUAUAGGUCUUGGACUAUCGAGGGAUCUGAAACCAAUGAAAAGACCCAGAGUACUAGAGAGGAAAGAGAUGAUUUGGGCAGAUCCAUAAGACCUCAUAGAAAAUCACCGCAACCAAAGAUAGAUAAUUGGUUCCGUAAUAUGGGGGGCUCUGAAACCUAUGAAAGGAGCUGUAGUAGUAGAGAGAAAAGAGAUGAUUUGGACGGAUCCUUAACACCUGAAAGAAGAUCACCACAACCAAUGAAAGAAUAUACACCCCGGAAUAUCGAGAGCUCAGAAAACAAUGAAAGGAGCCGGUGUAGUAGAGAGGAAACAGUAUAUUUAAACAGAUCCAUAAAAACCGAAAGAAUAUCACCAGAACCAAUGAACGAUUAUAGACCCCGGUAUGUCGAGGGCUCUGAAACUAUUGAAAAGAGUAGGUAUAUUAGGGAAGACAGAGAUCUGGAUAGAUCUUUAAAACACGAUAGAAAAUCACCGCAACCAAGGAUAUUAGAUAACCGGCCUCAGAAUAUCGAGAGCUCUGAAACGAAUGAAAAGAGUCGGAGUAGUAGAGAGGAAAGAGAUAAUCUCGACAAAUCGUUAAAACCCGAUAGAAGAUCACCUCAACCAAAAAUAGAUAGGCCUCGGAAUAUCGAGGACAGCCGGAAAAGGGAGAAAGACGAUGUUCGGGAGAGAUCUCCAAGACCAUAUAGAAGACCACCUCCACCAAGUAGAGAUAACAGACUCCGGAUUAUCGAAAGCUAUAAAACGAUUCGAAUGAGAAGGGAAAAGCUGGCCGAUCAGCACAGACCAAGUUUAAUCAGACCACCUCCAGUAAGAAGCGGUUUUAGACGCGAGAAUAUUCGCGCUAGGUCCCCGGAUAGGAGGCGAGAAGGCCCAGGAACUUUUAACAGGGGAAUUCAGAGGCCGAGAGAGAGGGAUGGACAUGUUCGAGAAAGGUCUCCAGUCCCGUCAAGAUCAACAGCAAAACCGCGAGAAAUCCAGAGACCCGACAUUCGGCCGCGGCGGUAGUCAGUAAGUGUUAACCUGAAAAGUUGGAGCGCACGGAGCAACGUCGUGCACAUUCUACCUCCAGGGACAGAUCGCCGAGAUGGCCUUCCAGUAUUCUACUUGAUGUUUUUUUUUUUAAGUCGGAGGUAGCCGAGAUCUGCUGAAAGCCGUUCAACUGAAAUUUACUGAAGUCUGUCACGCACGGCGGAGUUACAUUGGACUAGCUCAUGUUGCCUUGGAAUUAGAAAGGUGAAAACAGGAUGCUGAGAGACGAGAGACAGACUUUCCAGCGGUAACGACAGCUCCUUCAGAUGCCUAGUGUAAUCAUUGUAUGUUUCUCUUUUUUUUUUCAACCAUGUUCGUUACUUCGUUAGAAAGAGAGGCAAAUAACGAUUACAGUAGUCUUUUAUUAUAAUACGUGAAGAUUAAAAUAAAUAUGAAACAAUCA